AUGAACCCAGUCCGCAAACCAUGUUCCCAUAACAUCAUCGCCAAAGGACAUGCAAAUGAUGACGAGCUAGACAUCAAUACCCAGGGGUCAAGUCACUGGGACGGUCCUCGACAUUACCCUUACCAGUCGACUCUUCAGUACUACAAUGGUGUGACUCAAGACGAUGUAUCCGGUCCUGAAGCGAAUUCAAAGAUUGGAGUCCAAAACAUCGCCAACAAGACCGUCACUGGCCGCGGCGUUCUCCUGGAUUGGUAUUCCUGGGCCACCAAACGAGGUAUCCAAAUUGAUCCGUUCUCAGCUCACGGCAUUCCGCUCUCCGAACUGAAGGCCGUUGCGAGCGCCCAAAAGGUCCACUUCCGUCCUGGUGAUAUACUUCUAGUCCGAACCGGAUGGCUCGAGGCUUAUCGCGCUCUGUCCGUGGACCAGCAAGCCGCCCUACCACGUCGGCAAGUCCGAUCAAGUUGUGGAGUUGAAGCGACUGAAGAGUCUAUUCAAUGGCACUGGGACAACGCUUUCGCAGCUGUAGCUUCUGACACUGUUGCGUACGAGGCCUGGCCUAGCCCGAAGCUAUGGGGUGUUAGCAUGCACGAAGUCUUCCUCAGCGGAUGGGGCAUGCCCAUUGGAGAGAGCUUUGAUCUCGAAGACUUGGCUGCGAAAUGUGAGAAGGAGCAGAGGUGGUCAUUCAUGUUUGUGAGUGUGCCGUUGAACGUCCCUGGCGGCGUUGCAAGCCCGCCAGGAGCUGUGGCGAUCUUCUAG